UCCCAAGUCAGUUCUCAAUACUUUAAACGGCAUUAAAAAGCAAACUGCUUGUUCAGACAUGGAUUUACGUGACGAAAAGCUGUACAUGUGCACCCUGUGCCUUAAGAGAUGUCUAUGGAAGGAUCUCUCCAAGAGAGAGCUCCGAUGUCCUCGAUGCAGUCUGCCGCCCAAAAGCUGUGCCAUUUGCGAUAAAAUGUUUGAGCCGCGUGAAAAGUCCAAUUCUUACUGCAAGCGCUGCGAUUUCUACAUUCUCCGACACGCUGCCGUCAAGCCACCUCCAAUUCCAACACAGGACUGCUCCGUGAAUGUGAAGCAGAACAGGAAUGGAUCCUCGAUUACAGAUCGCUGGAAGGAGAUCAAGGCAGCUUCUGGGAUUGUGGACGAUUUUUGUACGAGCGACUAAGGAUGAGAUCCCAAGUUUUGUUGCUUACCUUUUCGAAACUUAAUAUAUUCGAUUACGAAGUUAUCAACUGCUACAAGUCUAAUGAAUUUUAUUUAAAAAUUGUACAUCAAUUAUUGAACGUUCGUAAAGUGCUUGCUUUUAU